AAGGGGUCUAUGUUUAAUGUUGUUAACGUUUCGAGGCCGACUUUAGCAUCGUCUUGUAAAACUGACGGAAACGCUUCAGUAGUAACGGUCUUGAUAUCGUCGUGUAUCGUACCAGACGAGACAAGAAAUUAAAUAUUAAAAUUUAAAAAAUUAAACAGUUACAACUGUAUAUAUAAAAUCCACACACAAACAUGAAUUCGAAUCAUCUAUUUGUUCUGGCGGGAAUCAUUUCUACCGUUAGUGGUCUUGCAAUUUAUAAUGCACCAUUAAAUGGAGCUCCAAAUUGUCCAGAAUUAUUUGGAGUACAAACUUAUGCUAAUCCAGCUGAUUGUAAUUCAUUUUUUCUCUGUACAAAUGGCACAUUGACACUUGAAAAAUGUGAAAAUGGUCUUCUUUAUGAUGGACAUGGGGCUGUUCAUAAUCAUUGCAAUUAUAACUGGGCUGUUGAUUGUGGUGAACGCAAGGCCGAUUAUACUCCAUUAUCAACCGAAGAAUGUGAAUAUCAAUUUGGUUUAUAUCCAGAAAGUGAUUCAUGCAGUACAAAUUAUGUAAAAUGUAUUUAUGGUGAAAGACAUUUGGCAGAAUGUACACCUGGUCUCGCUUACGAUGAGAAGAGUCAUUCAUGUGUAUGGCCAGAUCAAUUAAUUCCAUACUGUAAUCCAGAAGCCAUUGUUGGAUUUACCUGUCCUACCAAAGUUCCAAAACACACUGCUUCAGCUAAAUUUUGGCCAUUCCCAAGAUUCGCUGUUCCUGGUGAUUGUGGAAGAUUAAUCACAUGUGUUGAGGGUAAUCCACGUUUGAUAACUUGUGGUGAUGGCCAAUUAUUUGACUCAAUAACACUCAGCUGUAUGGAUCCUGAUGAACAUCCUCAAUGUGCUGAUGGACAAUAAUUUUUUAAAUACGACAUUUGUAUACAACAAAUUUUUAAUCUUUAAAAAAAUUUUACAUCAGGCAAUCAAAAUUUUUUUUUAAUAUUAAAAAUAUAACACACAUUUGAAUAAUAAAAAAAAAAAUAUUAAUAAAAUUUAUUUUGUAUAGAAAUAAUGUUAUUUCGAUGGAGAAAUUUGUUUUUUUUUUUUUGUUUAUUAUUGUUAUUAAUUUUUUAACAAUAUUACUUAACAUAAUUUUAUUACGUUAUAGAAAUAAAAUAAUACAAUAGUCUUAUUUUCAAACACGUCACGUACAAUAACCAUACGAUUAAAUCUCACACGAUUUAUAUAAAAAGACAACCUUCGUGGGAGUAUUUACAAAAUUUUUUUU